UGCAUAUUGAAAGAGACCUACAAUUGAUUUCUGUAAAAAUGUCUAAAAAUACUGUAGUAAAAUCUAAGGUGAUUCAUUGCUCUGACGAGAACACCCCUAAGGAUGAACUGGUCAAGAGUCAGCACCGUUGCGACCACCAGCAGAAAAGAAGCUGUCUGGUGUGUAUCUUGAGUCCUUGGGCAUCUGCUGCUAUACUCUCCCAUGGGUUCAGAAGGAGCAUACAGAAAUGGCUUUCCCUUGUUAUGACUAUGGUGACCAUUUUUCUCAGUGAGAGGUAAGAGUAAUGUCAUGGCUGUAUGCCUAUUUCUAUGUUACCUUUCCAUUAACAACAGUGUAACGCAACCUUUAUCAACAGAAAGAGAAAGCCUUUAGCUGAACAUAUUUUAAUAUACAGGGAUGCCAGAAUGGCCUUAGAGAAUGAUUAGCUUUGUGUGUUGGGAAGGCUUCCAAUGGACAUCACCGAUCCCAGAGCUGGUCCUGGUUCUGUCCUGGUUUUAUAUUUAUGUCGUCUCAUUCGUGUGUUGAGAUAGUGUAAUCUGUUCCAUUUUAACACUACCAUUUCAACUGUGUGUGUCUCACAGGGUGACACCAAAAGCAAUAGGUGAAAGGCUGCAGGCUGUGUCCAACGGUCUAUGGGUCACAAAGGGCCGUGAGGUAACCAUGGUCCCACCUCAGGUUCCUCUCCCCAGUCCUGUCACUUCAAGUCAGAGGGCAGCAGCUAUCCACUGCCUUAAAGAACUGGUGCGAUUGUACCGCUGUUCUAUUGGCCAAGGGACUGCACAUGGUGUGUGUGAAUGGAGGAUAUCCACUGCUGUUGAGAUGACUCUAAGAAAUGCAGGCAUGUUGCCCAACAGCAUUUUCCACAACGGUUGGAUGAAAGUGUCCAUCUCAGACCAGCUCCCUCCAUUGACCCUUGGUGAGUCCACCAAGCUGGAACAAUCUGGUCCACCAUUGGCAUGUCUUUUCCCUAGAGAAGCUGCCAUGAUGAGUGCUAAACCCCACCGUGCCCAACAGCUGAGAAAGAAAAGCCCAUAUCACAGACAGCGUCAGGCUUCCUCCACACUCUGCAUGGUCCCAGAGAUGCUCCUUAUCCACACCCUUGGCAGAUUUAUUUAUAAUAUCUACCCCCUGGAGGACUUCUCCCCAUGGACAGAGGAGGUUAUUGAAAACCGUGUGGAGGUGACGCGGCAACUUUCCUUCCUGGUCCAGGAGGCCUUGGCCAAAUCUCCUAAGACCAAAGCCCUACAAAGAGCACUGAGGAAGCUCUCAGAGCCGAACCAGAACUAUGGCCCACUGGAGCUCCAGCUGGGAGAUCUGCUGUUCAGCAACUUUCUGAAGCAGUUCUCUUCACAGCGCCCCCUGUCACCCGAGGCCUUCCUGGACAAUCACCAGCUCUGCUUGGAAGUGUCAGUUAUGGUGAGCAGGGUGCUUCUCCAGCACUGGACCCCCAGGAUUUCUUUCUCCCCUGUCUGUGAUGUCCAGGAAAUCAGCCCGAGACUGAAGCGUCACCAGGGGGGUGUCAUCCAACACUGGUCCUCAACAGACAACCUCCAAGUGCUUGCUGAUGAAAGCCAUGAGGAUCUGCACUCUGUGGAUGACAGAAAACAGCAGAAGAAAGGAGUAAAGAGUUUUUUCCGCAGAGCUUGGAAGUCAUUCAAGCGAUUCUCUACCACUGGCUGCCUGCUGUGAGAAACCUGCCUCCUGACCUGCCUACCUGUCCCUGGAUUCUCCUACCGUCUACCCCUGCCUGUACUGUUGCCAUCGCGGACUGAUCACCCGGUAUCCCGACCUGCCUGCCUGCCCCUGGAUUAUUCUACCGUCUAGCCAUGCCUGUACUGUUGCCAUCGCGGACUGAUCACCCGGUAUCCCUACCUGC